AUGCCACCCCCACCCCACCAAAAGCCUGAGAAUGUUCUCAAGCGAGCGCAAGAGCUCAUCGGUGUCAACCAGGCUCCCGCCGCCCUGAACCUUCUCCACGAUCAUAUUACAUCAAAACGUUCACGAAAUGUCCCUAUCGUCUCUUUGGAGCCUGUGAUGCUCCUCUUGGUUGAGCUUUCCGUCGAGCAGAAAAAGGGAAAACUCGCCAAAGAUGCGCUUUACUCCUAUAAGAAUAUCGCUCAGAAUACCAACAUCAGUACUAUAGAACUUGUACUGAAGAAGUUUAUUGAGUUGGCCGCAGAAAAGGUUACAGAGGCACAGAAGAAAGCAGAUGAGUUGCAAGAAAGCAUCGAAGCCACUGUUACCUCUAGCAUCGAUGAUUUAGAAGCCAGCGAAACCCCCGAGUCCAUUCUGCUAGCCACAGUCUCUGGCGAGCAGUCCAGAGACCGCACCGAGCGUGCUGUCGUUACACCAUGGCUCAAGUUUCUUUGGGAAGCUUACCGCACCGUCCUCGAUAUCCUCCGAAACAAUGCCAGAUUAGAGAUUCUUUAUCAGAGCACCGCUACUCAGGCCUUCGACUUCUGCCUUAAGUACCAGCGAAAGACGGAGUUCCGACGACUCUGCGAGCUUCUGCGCAACCAUGUUCAGACCGCCGCCAAAUACUCGAGUCAGAUGCAUGCCAUCAACCUUAACGACCCUGAUACACUACAACGACAUCUUGAAACUCGUUUUCAGCAGUUAAAUGUCGCCGUCGAACUUGAGCUCUGGCAGGAAGCGUUCCGAAGUGUUGAGGAUAUCCACACUCUCCUCAACCUUAGCAAGCGGCCUCCCAAGAAUAUUAUGAUGGCCAACUACUAUGAGAAACUCACUCGAAUCUUCCUCGUCGGUGAGAACUACCUCUUCCAUGCUGCCGCUUGGUCCCGAUACUACUCUCUUCUCCGACAAUCCGCAGCUCUUGUAGCGACCGGCCAGAGCAAGAAGUCCGACAACCCUUCUGCUACAGAGGCCGAUCUCCAGAGGGCUGCCUCCUUUGUUGUUUUGUCAGCUCUCUCCAUUCCUGUCAUCAGCACCUCUCGAUCUCGGGGUGCCAUGGUAGAUUUUGACGAGGCUAAGAAGAACAAGAACUCGCGCCUCACCCAUCUACUUGGCAUGGCCAGUGCCCCUACUCGUGCUGGCCUGUUUCUCGAUGCUCUUUCUAAGUCACUUCUGAAGCGUGCACGCCCGGAGAUCAGGGACCUCUACAACAUUCUCGAAGUCGACUUCCACCCUCUAUCUAUCUGCCAAAAGAUCUCUCCCAUUUUAACCAAGAUCAGCGCUGAUUCCGAAAUGGAGAAGUACAUCUUACCACUCCAACAAGUUAUCUUGACUCGGUUGUUUCAGCAAUUAUCUCAGGUAUACGAGUCUGUUGACCUCGCCUUUGUGGAGAGCCUCGCCAAAUUCCCGGAUCCUUUCCAGAUUUCUCGUGGAACUAUUGAAAAGUUCAUCAUGAAUGGAAACAAGAAAGGUGAUCUCUCAAUUCGCAUGGACCACGCUACCGGAGUACUUAGCUUCGAUAAGGAUGUAUUUUCAUCCUCUAAGGCUGUUCAUGCUGGCUCAGCAGCUGGUUCCGCAGAAAGCCCCGUUGGGUCUGUGCAGCGCCUCCAAAACACUCCUUCGGAGAUUGUCCGCUCGCAGUUGACUCGGCUCACGACUACCUUAUACACGACUUGCUUCUAUGUUGAUCCGUCUUACAGACAGCGCCUAGGAGAAGCUCGACAGGCUGCAUUGGCCAGAGCUAAGGAUGGCGCCGAACAAGAGCAUCGCGAAACUCUGGCCCGUAAGGAAAUUAUCCAGAAGCGAAAGGAAGAGGCAUCCGAGCUGCAGGCGAAAAGAGAAAAGGAAAAGGCAAGACAGAAGCGACUUCAGGAGCAAGCACUGGCCGAAGCUGAGGAACGACGGCUGGCUCAAGAACAGAAGGAGCGUGAGGAGAAACGCCUCAAAGACGAAAGAGAUCGUGUCCGCAGGGAGGAACUUAAGAAACAAAUCGCCGACCUUAAGAUUGGUCCAAAUGCUAUUGACAUUGAUAUCGAGAACAUCGACGAUUAUGACAGCAACCGUCUUCGUGCCAUGAAGCUUGCUCAGCUCGAAAGAGAGAAGAACGAUAUUAAUGAAAGGCUUCGGAUCACCGGCAAGCGUAUUGACCAUCUUGAGCGUGCUUUCAGGAAAGAAGAGGUCAAGAAGCUUCCUGAAGACUAUGCUAAGCAGCGAGAGCGCGACUUGGCCGCAUACGAAGCCAUGAAGGCAGAGACAUUGCAAGAAGCUGAGGAGAAACACAAACACAGUGUUGAACUAAAGCAUCGUCUAACCCGACUUAUGCCCUACUAUGAGUCGUUCAGGAAGUCUCUGCACGAUCGUCGCCGUGAUGAGUUCGAGAAGCGUCAACGCGAUGCUGAGAGAGAACUGGAGAAGCAGAUUACAGCCCGCAAGAAGGAAUACCGCGAGCGUAAGCUGCGGGAGAAGCGAGAGCGGGAAGAAAAGGAACGAGCCUUACGAGAGGCCGAGGAACGCGCCGAGAAAGAGAAGAAAGAACAAGAGCAGCGCGCCGAGGCGAAGCGCCAAGAAUUAAUCAGAAUCAAGGAGCAGCGAGAGGAGGAGCGUCAAAAGGCUCAAGAACAACAGGCCUAUCAAGACAGAAUUGCCGAAGAGGCUCUGGCCAGAAGACAAGCAGAGAAAGAAAAAGAGCGCACACCUUUCAGCAGACGCGAGCCAGUUGCCAUGGGUCGUACCGAUUCCAACGACCGGCCUUCCGGACCUCCGCGUCUCCCUCUUGUCGGUGCCAAGUCGUCUUGGCGUGAUCGUGAAGCUUCGAAGAAUGCUGGCGGCGCCGGUAGCAAUGGGCCAAGCCGUACCGGUACUCCUAUGGAGCGCACUGAUUCUAACGAACGCCCGGUUGAACGUGAGCGCCCUGCAGGGCGUGAGCGUCCCACCGAACGCGAGCGUCCCGCCGAGCGCGCUUCUGGGCCUCCCCGGCUAGCCCUUCAAGGAAAGCAAACAACCUGGCGUGAGCGCGAGGCUGCCAAGGCAGCUGGUGCUGCCCAGAGUGGUUCCAGAGACAGGGAAAGUGCACCCGCGCCGGCUUCUACACAGGCUUCUGGUGAGACUCUGAAGCCUUCCGGUGCUCCUGGAAAGUGGGUGCCCCGGCAUCGCCAAGAAAAGCAAGGUUAG